AUGGCGGAGGGUGAUAAUCGCAGCACCAACCUGCUGGCUGCAGAGACAGCAAGUCUCGAAGAACAACUGCAAGGAUGGGGAGAGGUGAUGCUGAUGGCCGACAAGGUCCUCCGAUGGCAAAGAGCCUGGUUUCCACCUGCAAUCAUGGGCGUGGUUUCUUUGGUAUUUCUGACGAUCUACUAUCUAGAUCCAUCUGUUCUGUCCGGUGUUUCCUGUUUCGUUAUGUUUUUGUGCUUGGCUGACUACCUUGUUCCCAUCCUAGCACCUAGAAUCUUUGGCUCCAAUAAAUGGACCACUGAGCAACAGCAAAGAUUCCAUGAAAUUUGCAGCAAUCUCGUGAAGACUCGCCGCAGAACUGUGGGCUGGUGGAAACGCCUCUUUACACUGAAGGAAGAAAAGCCUAAAAUGUACUUCAUGACCAUGAUCCUUUCUCUUGCUGCGGUUGCCUGGGUGGGACAGCAAGUCCACAACCUUUUUCUCACCUACCUGAUUGUAACUUUCGCACUGUUGCUUCCUGGACUAAACCAACAUGGAAUCAUUUCUAAGUACAUUGGAAUGGCCAAGAGGGAAAUUAACAAGCUUCUCAAACACAAAGAAAAGAAGAAUGAGUAA